CGUGAUGUCGCCGCUCGCAUAUAUACCAACUCAAAGACAUACUCCAAUUGACUAGAUCCUUCUCCAUCAUCCACAUUGACUUGACAUUGUCUUCACAUCACAUUGUCUUCGCAUUGACCUCAGCACGAACCGCGUGUCGGCCACCAUGCCGGUCAGCCAGCUCACAGCUACCUGGUCGAGACUCCUCGUCUCUGACCGCCUUCGCCGUUCGUCGCAGGUGCUUUCUGUCGUCAAUCAGACAGUUUGCAUCUUCGGUGGUGAGGUGCUUCCUAGACAGCCCGUCGACGACCAAGUCGAUGUCUUCUCUCUCACCCCAGACGUCCCCAAGCUCGAAACCAAAGCCGUCUCUUCGGCGCCCAGUCCCCGAGUUGGCAGUGCUUCAGCAGCACUUAAUGGCAAAAUGUACCUCUUCUCAGGUCGUGGAGGUCUUGACAUGGCACCAGUGGAGGAGAACGGGGCCCUGUGGUGCUUCGAGCCUUCCAAAUCUGUCUGGUCUAUCAUUGACCCUGCCGACCCUCUUCAGCCAUACCCACCAGCCCGCAGCUAUCACUGCAUGGCUACGGAUGGCGAAAAGACACUCUUUGUCCAUGCUGGCUGUCCUGCAAAGGACCGGCUUUCCGACGUCUGGAAGUUCGACACCUCCAAUCGAACGUGGGCACAGGCUCCUGAUGCCCCAGCUCCGCAACGAGGUGGUACAUCUAUUGCCCACAGCCAAGGCAAGCUAUACAGAAUGAACGGCUUCGAUGGCACGACAGAACAGGGCGGCAGCGUGGAUAUAUUCGACAUAUUAUCCAAUACCUGGACGACAAAGUCAUUCCCCGCCGACGGCAACGCUGGGCCAGAGCCCCGUAGCGUUUGUGCUCUGCUUCCGCUAAAAUUACAAGGUAAAGAGAAAUUGCUCACAUUAUUUGGGGAACGCGAUCCGUCGUCCCUCGGACAUGCCGGUGCUGGUAAGAUGUUGGGUGAUGUAUGGAUGUAUGAUGUUGGCGAGAACUGGUGGACGAAGGUGGAGACUGGUGGAAAUGAUGGCAAUCCAGAUCCUCGAGGGUGGUUCGCCGCCGACGUGAUUAGAGGACAAGAUGGGAAGGACAGCAUUGUGGUUCACGGAGGCCUAGGUGAAAACAACGAACGGCUCAAUGAUGUGUGGCUCCUUACCUUUUGA